GCUGUCUGCCUGCACGAGGGGACCCGCCCUUGCAGGGGAGGUGUGUCCUGUCCUCCAGAAGGCCGGGCUGGCCUCGCCGGCCUAGCAGGUGCACAGGCCCCUCCCUGCACAAGGCGGCCCCUCCCUCCCCGGGGAAGCUGACCAUCCGGCCUGGAGGAGCCCGCACCUCGCCGGCCUCGUCCCGGGUGCCGCCCCGGUUUUGUUUGCCUGUCCCCGCACAGGCGGCCGCGCCGGCCCUGGAAUUCACUUCUGGGGACCCGAGCUGCUGCGCUGCCUCCUACAUCGGGGCUCCUCCAGGGCCCCCCAAGCCCCCCCCCCCCGCAGCCUGAGCAUCCCGGCGACCGGCCCCCCAAGCAGCCCUGCGCCGCCGCGGGGACCUGUCGGGGUGUAGCGCAGCUGACGCCCGGGGGCCGCCGGGCCCGCGGGGAACCACCCGGCCCACUGGGUCCACCCGGAACCAUCUGGCCCACUGGGACCCACCGGGACACUGGGACCCACUGGACAUGGACACGCGGGGACCUAAAACCCCUGGCGGGGACGCGCUGGGCGACGCGGCAGAAAAUCUAUUUCAGGAACUUCAAGAACAUUUUCAAGCUCUGACUGCAACAUUAAACCUCAGAAUGGAAGAAAUGGGAAAUCGCAUUGAGGAUCUACAGAAGAAUGUCAGUGACCUAAUGGUGCAAGCUGGGAUCGAAAAUUCUGUUAAAGAACAAAUGGUAAGGUCAUCAUUAAGAAAGAAUGAAGAGCAGCACAUCAAGUCUCCGUCUGUCCCACCACAGGGAGCAUCCAAAAGGCAGAUGCAACGUUUCUGCUUUGCUGCAAACAUCUACUUCUACUUGUAACUCUCCACAUCUGCACUCGGGCCCAGGAAUCUGGACCCUGGACCCUGUCCCUCCCUGUCCCAUCACCUGUCAGCCUCUUACAGUCUGCCCCCCAUGGCCGGACCGUCCGCGCCCGCGCCCGCGUGCCCACCCCUGCAAAGGCACGAGCUCAUUCUAGACUUCCUCCGUCUGUCCUUCAGCUCCCCGCCACCCCGACCCAGCACUUGUGUCUCUACAAACACCUGCUCGCCUUCGCUCAUCUACUCCGCUGCUGCCAAUCUGCAAAGCCCGGUGACAGCAGGAACCAUCUUGUCUGACUUAACGUCCGGGCACUAGACCACGAAACCAGGCAGGACUCAGUACACGCACUUGGUGAAAACAUUAACUCAAGCAGAGAGGCGCCCCGUCUUGGAUUCCGGCGUCGCAGAAAGAGCGGAAGGCACUUCGUCUUCUCUUCAGUCCAGCGCCCCGGCAUCCACCCCACCAUCCUCCUCUCUGCAGCCCCGUCCGCCACGGCGUCCUCUGUGCCUUGGUCGGGCCAGCCACUGGUGGUGGGAGGCUGGACCCAAGACGGCCCUCAUGAGUUGCACCCUAAGGGUGUGGGGAGCACUGCGAGCAGCACGACAGGAAAGGCCCGGACUGCCUUGAAGAGCCUGUUCGUGGACUCGCAGACUGGAGGAGCAUGGCCGGGGCAGGUGCUGGAGGAAGGAAGGAGCACACCACCGGGGUGGAGGGAAGGGCCCCUGUUCCUCGGGGACACGGUCCUGCAGAAGUCAUCAGGAUGCGCCUGGAUGUGCACCUGAGGAGCUGUUGAGCCCUGGAGCGGCCACCUGCUUUCUCCCUGCUGCGGACGGUGACGACAGAUGACGCGGGGUUAGAGCCGCGGAAAGAGAGAAGGAGUUCUUGGCCCCUCCAGACGGCAGAAGACACUGCCACGCAGAAGGGCGCGGGGGGCACGGAAGAGGCCCAUGACCUGGUGCUGCAGCCCAGGCGGAAUGUUCAGUCGCAAGUGAUGAGCGGCGCGCCUCCUGGGUCUUCAUGGACGCCCAGGACAGGCACUCGGGCUGCAGAGGACAACGGUGCAGAGAAAGGAGGCGGGAGAACCCCAAAAUGCUACCUGCUGAAGUCGGCGGAAAAUGGCCUGGCUGCACACGCCUUUCCCAGAAAAGGCAGGAAAGCCUGGGCAGACCUUCCCACUGGGGAGUCAGCCCCUUUCUCCUCACAUCCCCCUGAGAAACCAGACCUGUUUGCAAUGCUGUCCCAUGAUGUGUGCUGGCAGAGCUGGGGCCACAGGUAAGGGGUGUCCACCAGCCUAAGCAGCCUCAUGCAUACCUGCUUUUGUACACCCAAAGGAUGUGAGUCUUUGGAGCCGGAGGGCAGAGGGCAGAAGACAAAACCCUAAACUCAACCCUGCAAAGUUCCUGCCCUCAUCCCUGGGACUGUGCUGCAAUGAGACGCCAGCCACCAGUGACGCUACAGACAACGGAGACUGGCAGAUGCCCCAACGGUUACUCAUCAAGUGACUUUAAAGUAAGGAGAUAAUCCUGGAUUAUUUGGUGGGUCUAUUCCGGUCACAGCCUCGGGGAAGCAGAACAGGAAACUGCAGAGAUGGUGCAGGUUGUGCAGACUGAAGGGCCUCAGGCAGCAGGGAGGGCCCGGCACACAGCGGGCCAGGAGUCAGCGGCCCCAGCCCGUGACCACAGGGAAUGGGAUUCGGCCAACAACCCAAUGAGCCAGUGGCUUCUUCCCCGACUGACGGCCCCAAAAAGGCCCAGCCCGUGACUGUGGCCUUGUGAGACCCCGAGAGGAAACCCACUGAGCCGACCCAAACUUGGAGCAACAGAACACUGAGCUCAUCAAUGUGGCUUUUAGCUACUCACAUGGCGUUACCUGUUGCACAGGAUAUAAGCCAAUACCCGCCCCAUACAACCCACCCAGACAUCCCUCACCUGUCAGGCACCGGGGAUGUCUAAGACUUAAUACUGCCAUUUACCAGCCUUUCUACUAACAAUAAACAGAAAUUUUGACAAGUAGAAACAAUGCCAAAUGGUGAUUUCUUUCCGAAUUAAAUCUCCACAACUUUUUUUUUGAGUCAUGUUACCCAACUUUAUUACAGAAAUGCCCUCCGAUGUGACGCCAUCUGGACUACAUCAAACUUCCGGACCAACGAUAACCAACUGAGACGAGAGCUUUAAGAGAACGUACCUGAAGAAAAACAUGACAGUACACGGGUCGUACAACUCGUACAUCUUGUUGAAGUCAGGCACUUCUGUGAUAUCCACAAGAUAGAUAACUGCGAAAUUUUUAACCUAAAAGUAAGAGAUUGAAAAAGCCCUAUAAAGUAACACAUCUGUUUUUUACUCUGCAAAAGCACACUGAAAAGCAAGCACAAGAAUCUGUGUGCAAGAGGACAAUUUCCAAACCAACUCCCCCACGUCGUUCCGCAGUAACGCCGACACACGGGCGCCGACCCCUGGGUCCCACCCUGCACCCCUUCCGGAAAAGCAGGUCGCGCCACCCCUGCGGCGACAACCACCUACACCAG